CCUCUGGACGCGCCUGCGUGUUGAUGACGCGAACCUAAAUUGAACCCGGCGGAUUCUAUGGAUCCUCAGGCGUGACCAUAAAUGCCGGUUCUGCAGGUCUGCCGGAACCUUGCUAUACUUUUCUUGUUUCGUCCCAAACCUGCUUGGGGUUCCACUUCUGGUCACUGUAGGUCCGCCUCCGCGGAGGUGGACGUCGCUGCGUGCCGGAUAACUGCCAAACAGCUGCUAAUAAGCAGCGGAGCCUCCGUGUGAGCUGUUUCGUCGGGGUACCGGUCCGGAUCGAACCGGACGAUGGAAUUUCCCUUUGAUAUCAACCAGAUAUUCACUGAACGGAUCUCCUUCCUUGACCAGAAUCUCGUAGCGGACCGUUGGACGGCUAGGAGACCUGAUCUCCAGGCGAACCUUGCUACGGUCAUCGAUGAGUUGGGGAGAGCCUCGGCAAAGGCGCAGCAGCUGACCGCGGCGGUGACCAGCGCCUCCAAGCUGCAGUCUCAGCGGCACCAGCUGUACCUCCUGAAGGACGGAGAAUGCAGCGGCGGGCGAGGCGCCGUUGUGGGCUUCCUGAAGGUCGGGCAUAAGAAGCUAUUCCUGCUGGACCGGCAUGGUGUGCACGUGGAGGCGGAGCCCCUGUGUGUCCUGGACUUCUAUAUUGCAGAGAACCUGCAGAGACACGGCUAUGGGCUGGAGCUUUUUGACUUCAUGCUGCAGACUUUUCCUCAUAUAACUUCCUGUGAAUCUAAAGUCCUCUGGAGAGACAUGAGAGGAGGAAAACCAUCAGAUCAUCACCGUCAUAUCUCUGUGUCACAGCAUAAGAACGUGGAGCCGGGGCGGAUGGCGUACGACAGGCCCUCGCCCAAGCUGCUGUCCUUUCUAGAGAAGCAUUACUCCCUGACGCAGAACGUUCCUCAGGUCAACAACUUUGUGGUAUUUGAGGACUUCUUCUUCAACAGAGCAGGCUCCGCCCACUGUCCUCUGACGGAUCAGAGGAUGCACGGCUUCUUCAGCAGUCCAGCUGAGGAAGACUCCCCCCAAAAAGCCAGAUGGAGAGAUCAAGCCUUACUCUUUAAUGGAGAGAGGAGCGGUACGUCAGGAGCAGAGGACUCCUCCGUGGCCGUUUGCUCCCCACCAGUCUCCUCAGCGGUCGGGAUCCUCCCAGUGCUCCCCACCCCUGAGUGUGGGUUUGUCCCCAACCAGGGCACCUCAUCGGGUCAGCGUGUCGUCUUCCCCUGGAGGAACCAGGAACCAGAGCCGUCAGUCAGCUCUCAUCGGGGGCGGCAGAGAAAGACGCAGCAGCCAGCCGAAUUUGGUUGCCCGCCACAGCCUGUACAGCCAGCACAUGGACAGCGGAGCUGCCGGACUGCUGGACAGACGCCUGCCAGGUUUAAGGCCCGUGCCAGGUCAGACUCGGGAGUACACAGACACACACAGCUCGGCCAGCAUUCACACACUCCAGAGCAGGUCUCCCAUCUCCUCAGUUUUCCCUCCCCUGCCGUCCAUGACAGACGCCCGAGCCGGCGGAUGGAGGCCUUCAGGUUCAACUGGGUCUGUCGUAGAGGACGGCCAGGUACCGCGCGGUCAGCGGAGCUCGGAGGCAAGCAACUGCAGAGCGCGGCUGGGAGAGGGCGGAGGGCAGAACCGAGGCCGGUGGGGGUCUGCAGGACAGGCCUUCUCCCCAGCCCAGAGGGUGAAGCACAUGCAGGAGUACAGGAGCACACGGCCCUGGUGAUCCAGAUCUGGGCUUUCAACCUGGACAGUCUGGUAGAGCGGUGGCAGGACUCUGACCUGCUGCUCCUUCCUAUGGGGGCUUUCACACGUGACAGGAAGAGUUAUGUCAGCUAUCGGAGCUCCGGAUCUGCUUUGUGCACGACCAACGAGCACACUCUCUAUUGGGUCAGAGACGUGAGGAUCUCUUCCUGUUUGUGUUUCGAGUUCACAGACUGAUGAAGUGAUUGGAUUCUCCAAGGAUGACUUCGUUUUUUUUAUGAAUCUUUCAAACAUAUUCCUAUGUUUGUCAGUGAUGAUUAAAAAAAUGUUGAUACAAAAUAUAAUUCAGUUUAGUCAAGCCCACAAACACAAAAAAACGAAAUGACAACAAACUGAAAAAAGAUCAGCUAUUUCAGAGGAUCUUCCGUGAAAAUAUUCAAUCUCAUCUUUCUUUCCACAUCGUCACAAACCGGAGCUGCUCCUAAACAAACAACAGGAUUCCUUCCUCAUGUUGAGAAUGUUUUCCAUUUUGCGUAUGUACAAGCAUUUGUUUACUGAUUUAUGCAGCUCCAGGUCUCUAAAACUGAAACUACAAACUAUAAAAACAAAGAAAAGUAUCUUUCUGCAGAGGAUGAUUGUCACAAGCAGGUCCUGCAGGUUUUGGAGAGUCCCAGAGUUACGGUUAGAUAAACCCUCACAAGUACAGUUAUAAGCAAAGUGAAGGAGGCCUGUGGAGAACUCAAUACUGAAGCCAUUCAGUUGAAGGCAGAAGCUUCUGGGUUCACUCAUCGUCUUGUAAUUGAUCACCUCCUGUUUGAGACAAAAUCUUUCGCUGGACACAAGAUCUUUACUUUUGGAUCAGAGUCUCCAGCUCUGUUUUUAGAAAAGUGCUAAAGAAGCAAGAAUUGCAGGUACACAUCCAAAAAAAAAAA